AUGUCGGACAACGGCUCGCCGAUGCAGAAGCCGGAGGACGGCCAGCAAGAGCAUCUGAACAUCAAAGUCACUGACAACAACAACGAGGUCUUCUUCAAGAUCAAGCGCACCACUCAACUCAGCAAGCUCAUGAACGCAUUCUGCGACAGACAGGGAAAAAACAUGCAGAGCGUGAGGUUCCUCUUCGACGGUCAAAGGGUGCAGCCGACGGACAACCCCGACUCGCUCGAUAUGCAGGACGGCGACACCCUCGAAGUCCACCAGGAGCAGAUCGGGGGCUGCUAG